AUGCUCCUCUGGGCGCGCAAAGAUUUUGCACGUCAACCGCUGUCGCUGCAACUGUAUCUUUUUCCCAUUGACGCCUUUGUUACCUGGAUGAUUCCCUACAACGACCCGUGUACGGCACUGGCAAGAUGCCCCGUCGAGAUCUGGUGCGAGAUCCUGCGGUACGCAACAGAGGCGGAAGGCCCGGACAUGCAGGAAGACCCGUUGCGCAUGGAGCGCUUCUACCUCGAGGGCGCGUAUAGCGACGAGAUUACGGACGCGUACGAGGACAGGCUGAAUGCUGUGGUCGAUAUGCGCAACUUUGCUGCUGUCUGUCGACUGUGGCACGCUAUCCUGUACCCAUUGAGACUCCGAUGGGUCAUCCUCAACCAAAAAGACCAGCUGAAAGGCGUUUCCGACUCCGUCAAUAACCUAUGCAAGCGAGAGCCCGUUGGCCGAUGGACAAAACGACUUGAAGUGCGCGCACGGAUCACCCACGGGGAGCUGAUGGAGCGGUUCGACGACCCACACGGGCGCAAGCAACCCCCCAUUGCACGCAUGCUCCAGUGCUGCCCGCAACUAGAAGAGUUCAUCAGCAUGACCUCAGCGCUUUCCUACCCCGCCCUCUGCUCAGAUCUGAUCACCAACUGCGGGCGUACGCUCCGCACGGUCAUCCUCCGCUCUUCCAACGCGCAGCAAUUCGACGACAUUGUCAACUUGCUCCUCUACUGCCCGAGACUCGAAUACCUCCAUUUCGGCGGGCCGAGGUACGACCCUCCCACCACAAGCGCGGAAUGGGAUCAUCCAGGAGCGAGAUUCGGGCGUUCCCUGAACCUGAAGGACAUCCCGCAGAUCCUGUUCACCCGGCGACUUGCCCUCCGUGUCCUUAUCUGGGAAGUGAAGCACUCUGACCCUUCAGAGCAGCUGACGUUCGCCCGCCUGUUCGGCAUGCUCAGGCUUCCCCGGCUCCGGCACCUAGGGCUGCAUAUGAACGAAUGGAGUGGGGUGGUAGACGACAGCCAGUUCAUGCAGAGCCAGAUGCUCCCCAUGCUUUCCCAGCCUGGGGUUUCACUCUCCUCUCUCUCGCUAACCCGCACCACCGCGGGCGCGCGAAAUCGGCACUCUUUGGCAUUCCUCGAGCUCUGCCCUAAUCUGCACACACUCGCAUUCCACUUACCGCAUACGAGCGCAUACGACCUCUCGCUCUACCUCCGCGCGCCGCUCUACUGUUUACGACACGUGGUGCUCCAUGAAUUCUUCUACAACCCGCCCGAGUUCUCCCCUUUCCUCUUAGCAGAGCACACGAGCACAGUACUCCGGAUAUUCAAGCUCCUGUGCCGGCUGACCCUCUUCCCGAACCUGUGCUGGAUCCAGCUCUCAGACGUCCACGCAGUGUCGGACGAAACCCGAGUACUCAGAGCGUCGCACGGCGAUUUCCCCGAGGAGUACAGGGGCCUAAUGCAUAUCCUGCUUAGGCUCGCGCAUGUCAGGCGCUUGGCGUUAGUGGACGGGGAAGGCAUGCAUAUAGGACCGGACUUUGCCAGUCCGGCAUGGUACUACGCCUGGGGGUGGGAGGGGAUAGGCGUCUCGGGCUCGGUGGGCUGA